GCAACUAACCCCAUCACUUAUUAUGAGUUCCACUCUCUAUAUUUAGAAUUUUAGGUAUCACUCUCUCCUCUCUUCCUCGUAAGGGCAAGAGGGAGGUUGGGAAAGACUGCAAUAUUAUUCUCUCAUGCAAAAGAAAGCACCAAAAAAAGUAAGGGAGAACUUAAUUCAUUCCCACCCUUCAACAAAAAUUGGCAUGAGGGGGAGCAACCUUUAGAAGAGACAACAUUUUCUUUACCCCUUCUAUUUAAUUAUUACUACUUUAAAUUCAUCUCUUAUAGCUCAACCUAUAUCUCUUAGUCUUCCUCGGUCCAUCUUGUUUCGGUUUCUGUUCCAUUUCUUUUAUAGCAGCAUAAGAGGAGCUUACAGAGAAGAAGAUAUCCAGAAAUGGAAUGAGGGUGAAAUUAAAGAGGAUAACAAGGAAAUGACUCAGUGCAAUUACCCUCAAAACAGCCAUAGCAUCAUUGUGGAGAGGCACAAAGAUAGCUUGAUCAGAACAUGUCCUACAUGUGGUCUUCAUGUCAAAUGCCAAGAGCAGGCUGCUGGAAUUCAUGACUUGCCUGGACUUCCUGCUGGAGUGAAGUUUGAUCCUACUGAUCAGGAGAUUCUUGAACAUUUGGAAGCGAAGGUGCGCUCUGAUAUUCACAAGCUUCAUCCAUUAAUUGACGAGUUCAUCCCUACUCUUGAAGGCGAGAAUGGAAUCUGCUGUACCCAUCCAGAGAAGUUGCCAGGAGUUAGCAAAGAUGGGUUGAUCCGACAUUUCUUUCACAGGCCUUCCAAAGCAUACACAACUGGAACAAGGAAAAGGAGAAAGGUGCACACAGAUGCAGAUGGCAGUGAGACUCGGUGGCACAAAACAGGUAAGACUAGGCCAGUCUUCAUCAGUGGCAAGUUAAAAGGGUAUAAGAAAAUUCUUGUACUUUACACAAACUACAGAAAACAAAGGAAGCCUGAGAAAACAAACUGGGUCAUGCACCAGUACCACCUUGGCAACAAUGAAGAGGAGAAGGAAGGGGAGUUGGUGGUCUCCAAAGUUUUCUAUCAAACACAGCCUAGACAAUGUGGCUCACUCAUGAAAGACCUGUAUCCUGCAAAACUAAGUGGUGAAGGCGUGCAUGAGGUAACUAAUCAUAAGAACACUGGCUAUGUCGAGUACUACAAUAAUUCUUUUGUAUCAUAUGAUCAAGGGGACCAGCAUAGGUCCAGCACUGCACAAUUAGUAUCCCAUUUCCCUGUCCAUGAUGGUGCUCCUUUCAUUCCUUGAAAGUAGUGGUGGUGAGGAAGUGGAAAGUUGAGAUGCAAUGCAUGGAAGGGGAAGGAACAUUACAAUUGUAUUCUGCAAUGAAGAAAUAAGUUAAUAACCAACUAUAUCUAGUUAGGAGGGAAAAGGUGGCACAGAAUAAGGAGAAACUGUUUCAUCUGAAAGCUAGUGGUCAGAUGGGGGGGGGGGGGGGGGGUUCAAAGUAAAGAAAGAGACAAAAUGAUUUGGCUGUAACUUUGUUUUCUUUCUUUUAUUCUUUUGGAAUUUUUGAAGGGUAGCUGUUAUCAUGCUUUGUACAGUGACACGAAAACAUAUCUCAAUUGUCCUUACUUGGGUAAAUACUAACCAUCAAUCUGUGCAAACAUGACUUGUAUCUAAAGCACUCUUGAACUGAAGAUUCUGUCUGCGUUUUUUUACUGAGUU